UCAACCUCUCUCAAAACUUCAACCAUCUGCGCUGCUCAUACCCACAUUCUCUUACUCUUUUUACUUCUUUAAGUCUUGAGAGAUGAACGGAAUGGGGAGGCAAGGCCAGAGAUCUGGUGCAGCUGUGAGGAAUCACCACCGGCAGUUCUCAGAUGAAUACUUUGACGCCUCGUCCAAUGGAAGAUGGCUUCAAACUGCUGGUCUUCAGUCUCUCUAUUCCAAUACUUCUGCUCCUCAGGACUACGGCUUUUCUGUGGGUGGGGGAGGGCAAGGUUCGGGAAUGUAUAGAAAUGCACAGAGAAGCUUUGGUGGGAUGAAUGAGUAUUACAUGGAGCCAUCAACUCCUCCAGAAAAUUCACGGCCAUCAAGCCAACGCAAAAGUCGCGAGGAUUCGCCGAGUGAUUUCAGUCCCGGGCUCUUAGAUCUGCAUUCCUUUGAUACUGAAUUGUUGCCUGAGGAUAGAGGCUUUGACGAAUCUGAACUCUAUAUUUCGAACAACAUCCAAAUGAGUAGACCUCAGGAUUUGACAGAGAACAAUCUCUUGAAAAGUGUGGCUGCUGCAGACAAAGAGAGAGCAAACUCUGUUGCAAAGAUCAAAGUUGUUGUGCGUAAAAGGCCUCUGAAUAAAAAGGAGUUGGCAAAGAAUGAGGAAGACAUUGUUGAAACAACUGCUAAUUAUUUAACAGUUCAUGAGACCAAACUCAAGGUCGACCUUACUGAAUAUGUGGAGAAGCAUGAAUUUGUUUUUGAUGCAGUGCUGAACGAGGAGGUUUCAAAUGAUGAAGUUUACAGGGAGACGGUGGAGCCAAUUGUACCUAUAAUAUUUCAACGAACAAAGGCAACCUGCUUCGCAUAUGGACAAACAGGUAGUGGCAAGACUUAUACCAUGAAACCGCUGCCUCUGAAAGCGUCCAAGGACAUUUUGAGAUUGAUGCACCAUACAUACAGGAACCAGGGAUUCCACUUGUUUGUGAGCUUCUUUGAAAUAUAUGGAGGAAAGCUUUAUGAUCUUCUCAAUGAUAGAAAAAAACUUUGCAUGAGAGAGGAUGGUAAACAACAAGUGUGCAUUGUGGGUUUGCAAGAGUAUAAAGUAUCUGAUGUGGAGACCAUUGGGGAGCUCAUUGAAAAAGGAAAUGCCACGAGAAGUACUGGAACAACUGGUGCAAAUGAAGAAUCCUCUCGUUCUCAUGCCAUACUCCAGCUUGCUGUCAAGAAUUCAGUCAGUGGCAAAGAAUCAAAGCCGCCUCGCUUGGUCGGAAAACUUUCUUUUAUAGAUCUUGCUGGAAGUGAACGUGGUGCAGACACCACCGACAAUGACAAACAAACAAGAAUAGAAGGUGCUGAAAUCAACAAAAGCUUACUUGCUUUAAAGGAAUGCAUACGAGCUCUUGACAAUGACCAGGGCCACAUUCCUUUUAGAGGCAGUAAACUAACAGAAGUUCUAAGGGACUCAUUUGUUGGCAAUUCACGUACUGUCAUGAUAUCUUGUAUAUCACCCAGCUCUGGAUCAUGUGAACACACUCUCAAUACCUUACGAUAUGCAGACAGGGUGAAGAGCCUUUCAAAAGGAAAUAUUGUUAAGAAGGACACAUUUUCUUCCACUUUAAACCUUAAGGAAUCAACCACUGGACCCUUAACCUCAGCAUUACCUUCUGGAACUAUGUUCGAGAACGAACCUGCAUGGGUCGGACAAAACGAAAGAGAUGAGGUCGAUGUAUCAGAGGAGAUUUUUGAUCAAAGAAAGCCUUCUUGGAAGAAAAAUGGGAAGCUUGAGCCAUAUAGAACAUCUGUUGCGGUUGAAAAUGUACACAACAAAUACAAUAACCAGCCGAAAUGGAAGGACAUGCCAAAGGCUGAGUCUCAUAACUCAAAUUCAGACGAUGAUUUGAAUGAACUUUUGCAGGACGAGGAAAAUUUUAUAAACGCUCACAGGAGACAAGUCGAGGAAACAAUGAAUAUUGUUAGGAUGGAAAUGAACCUUUUAGUGGAGGCAGACCAACCGGGGAAUCAUCUGGAUGGAUAUGUAUCUAGAUUGAAUUCAAUUCUAUCCCAAAAGGCUGCAGCAAUCUACCAACUACAGAAUCAUUUGGUUCAUUUCCAGAAACGUUUGAAAGAACACAAUGUACUUAUACCUUCAUCUGAGUGAUGAACUUGUGCAGAAUUUCAGAUGCUAGUUAGAUCUAGCUCGGAGACCGACAUGGGGAUGUUUUGUUUACUUUUACUAAUGAUCUUGAUGGAAGCAUUCUUGGAACUUUGAUAUCCAAUUGAGGUGUUGGUGUGGUAAUUUCCAUUACAUAACGAUUGGAGUGCUUUUAUACCUGUCUAGUUUCCCUCACAGGAUACAAUAUUGUAAAAUUGGUUACCUUAUAAGAAAUUUGCAAUAUUUUGCUUUACCAGA